AUGAGAUUCAGUUACGCGGAAUUUACAGCUGUAGCCUUGAUUCCCAUCAUGGUCUCAGCACAGUGUCUCUACCCGAAAGGCGCUUACACUGAAUGUUCGUCCGACGGCUCGAAAAUUAUACGGUGCAAUGGCUAUCACGGGUCAUUGAUAUACGAGUGUCCGCAGUAUAAGUAUUGCGCCAACAUUGGUGCUGUGAGGGGUUGCCUGUAA